UAGAUUUAUAUGUAAUUUUUUKAAUGAUAAAAAAGKUAUUAAACGUAAAAAAAUGAUUAACAAGAAAUAAAUCUGAUAAAACGGCCUUGAGUCCGUCCUUGACACUUGACAGUUCCUAACCUCGAAAUUUUUAAAUCUGGCAUGCACAAUAACCUCUUUAAAUGGCCCACCAAAAGACCAAAAAGGGCAACUCUCCGUGGCUUCAGUGUGAAAAAUGCCUCAUCCAUAUCACAACCAAAGACAUUGAUAAACACUCAAGUGAUUGCCCUCCAACCCCAAACAGUUACAAUUUUAUCCAAAACCACGUCCUUUUUGGAAGUCUAGACAUCAAAGUGAAUGAAGACAUUAAAGGAGUGGUUGAUAAAGACAGUUUGGUAUUUUUAAGUCAGAGUGCAAUUCAAUUAUGUGGACUUUCAAUCGGGGAAUGGGGGCUAUUGGAAUUUGAGAAUUCACCCCCUGUGGCAAAAGUGGUUUGGCCCACAACCGAAAAACACUUAACUGGGGUUUUAUUAACAAAGCAUGCACUGAAAUUGUGUCMAGGRGAGGUAAAUCAAGCMGUGAAAGUUUCAGCAAUGCCUGAAAACGCACCUGAAGCUUGGAGAGUCACUCUCGUGACGUUAAAUAAACCAAAAUCGCUUGAAUUCACCCCGGAGUUGACCAACAGGAUUCAAAAAAGCUUCACCGAGAAGUUAUUCUGUGUCAAAAACAGGAUCAGUUUGAUGUAUUUUGGAAAAGUCCUAAUUUUUGAAAUCAAAUCAAUCGAAACUGAACACUUAGCCGAUGAUUUUGGGAAUUUGACCAUAAAAGGGAGCCGAUUUUACACAAUUAUGAGUAAAACAAGUUGGAAAUUAUUCGGGGACGACACCGAAUUUGCGGAAAAGACACUCGGGAAGGAUUUAAUUUCAACAAUUGGUGGUUUGGAUGCCGAAAUCGCCGACAUAAAAGAGACAAUAAGUGCGUUUUUGAGCCCCAGGAACCCCUACGGGCUGAAGCACUGCAAAUCAAUCCUUUUGUAUGGAAAUCCCGGAACUGGGAAAACUCUCCUAGCAAGGGCCAUUUCCCGCGAUUUCCAGGCCCACAUUAUCGAAAUAAACGCCUCAGAUUUGUACAAAUCCAGCGGAAAUGUUGACGAAACGCUCAAAAAUCUUUUCGAGGAGGCUGUGGAGCACUCUCCCAGUAUCGUAAUUUUAGACGAAGUUGAUAUUUUAUGCCCCACAAGGUCCCAAAGAAUGUCAGAUUCGGAAAAACGCGUUUUUGCGAUGUUAUUAACAAUAUUGGAUAAUUUAAAAAAUCGCGUUUUUGUCCUUGCARCCACGAGCAAACUCGAYUCCAUUGACCCGGUUUUGCGGCGUUGGGGCCGCCUAGAGCGCGAGAUUGAAAUCAGUACCCCCAACCCAAAAAAUCGGGAAAAAAUCCUUGCGAAACUUUUAUCCCAAGUCGGYCAUGAUUUAUCAGAGCCGGAUUUGGCCGAGAUUGCGUUAAAUACGCACGGUUUUGUCGGGGCUGAUUUGCUCUCUUUGUGCUCCAGGGCCGGCCUUGUGGCCUCUAAACGCAAUGCUGAGAAAAUCGCCGUCGAUGAUUUCAAAUCGGCUUUGAGACACGUUAGACCAAGUGCCAUGCGUGAGGUUCAAGUGGAAGUGGCGAAUGUGCGUUGGGGRGACAUUGGGGGGCUYGAGCGUCUCAAAUUGAUACUCAGACAGGCCGUGGAGUGGCCCUUGCGACACCCGGAGAGUUUCCUUCGUCUGGGGGUGACGCCACCUAAGGGGGUMCUCAUGUUUGGCCCCCCUGGAUGCUCGAAGACGAUGAUAGCCAAGGCUUUGGCCACCGAAAGUGGGCUCAAUUUUCUCUCAAUCAAGGGGCCGGAAUUGUUUAGUAAGUGGGUGGGGGAGUCAGAAAAGGCAGUGAGGGAGGUGUUCCGCAAGGCGCGACAAGUGGCCCCCUCUGUGAUAUUCUUCGACGAAAUUGACGCUUUAGGGGGCGAGAGGGGCUCCGGGUCGAGUACGAGUGUGCAAGAGAGGGUUUUGGCCCAGCUGUUGACCGAGUUGGAUGGGGUUUCGCCCCUGGGGGAUGUCACUGUUUUGGCGGCCACAAAUCGCCCUGAUCGUAUCGAUAAAGCGCUUUUAAGGCCAGGCCGACUUGAUAGAAUUGUUUAUGUUCCGUURCCUGAUGAUGACACGAGACGAGAAAUCUUUAAAUUGAAAUUGGCUAAAAUGCCAGUUUGUAAUGUGGAUAUUGAGGAGUUGGUUCGGUCGACAAGGGGGUAUUCAGGGGCUGAGGUUAAUGCAGUGUGUCAUGAGGCAGCAAUGAUGGCUUUAGAGGACAGUCUUGAGGCGGAGUUUGUAGAAAAAAGGCAUUUUGAUAAGGCUUUAACGAUAGUAAGGCCCAGAACGCCAGAUAGUCUGAUUCAAUUGUAUCAAGAUUAUUUGAAUAAAAAAAUUUGAUUUGUAA